AUGGGUCCUCCAGCAAUCCAGUAUUUUUCGGUUUCCAAGCCGCGGGAGUAUGUUGCACAUGUCGAAAUCAAUCGCCCUGAAAAACUCAACGCUUUUAUCGAUGCCAUGUGGCUUGAGAUGAAAGCAGUCUUCAGCCAGCUCUCAGGUGACCCCUCGGUGCGUGCAAUUGUCUUCUCUGGUGCUGGGGAGAAAGCCUUCUCGACAGGUCUUGAUCUUAAAGCUGCAUCUCAAGAGGGUUCCAUGUUCAUCCCUAGACCGCAAGACAUUCCGGAUGCCGCCAGACAUGGGUUCGCGGUUCGCAAGUGGAUCAUUAAUAUCCAAGAUUGUGUCUCCAGCAUCGAACGCUGCGAGAAGCGUAAGGUUUCCGCCAAUCUUUAA